CCCCCCACCCUCACCCGUAUCCCUUCCUCCACAAUCUUUCCUCUUAUAAACUUUCCUCCAUUUCUCUGACUUUCCUAUUCUCCUCUUCUUCAAUUUUUCAAUCUUGAUCCAUACUAAUAAUAUAUAAUGAAGAUCCAGUGUGAUGUGUGUAACACAAAUGAAGCAACGUUUUUCUGCGUUGCUGAUGAAGCUGCCCUUUGUAAUACUUGUGACCAUCGUGUUCAUCAUGCCAAUAAACUUGCUGGCAAACACCAACGAUUCUCUCUUCUUCAGCCUUCUGCUAAACAAGUACCUCUUUGUGAUAUCUGUCAGGAGAGGAGGGCUUUUUUGUUUUGUCAACAAGACAGGGCAAUUCUAUGUAGAGAGUGUGAUGUUUCAAUACACAAAGCUAAUGAACAUACACAAAAGCAUAACAGAUUUCUACUAACUGGUGUUACGAUUUCAACAAAUUCUUCACUUUACACUUCAUCAGAAUCUCCAUCAGUAACUUCAUCUACUACAAAUCAAGAUUCUGCUACAAAUGUCAACAAGUCUCAAACUUGCAACAAAAAGCCUUUGCCUUUUGAUGUUUCUGUUUCUGGUUCUGUUUCUUCUAGUAUUAUUGCUCAGGAAGUGUCAGUGGCAGCUAAUGUUGGGGAAAAUGGUUAUACAAGUAGUAUAUCAGAGUACUUAGAGAUGUUACCUGGAUGGCAUGUUGAAGAGUUUCUUAAUUGCUCUACAAUUCCUACUAAUGGUUUCUGUAAGAUUGGUGAUAAUGAUGUGUUCCCAAUUUGGGACACUGAAAUUGAGAGCACAUUGAAUUCAUUCUCACCAGAAAGUAUAGGAAUUUGGGUCCCUCAAGCACCUCCAGCUCCACCUCCUCAGAAGAAUCAGAACCAAAUUUUCCCUCAAAAUAUAAACUUUGGUGGACAAAUUGAAUUCAAGAAUUCAAAGGAAGUAACAUGCAACAAGUCCAGUAGAAAAUGGAGAGAUGACAAUUCUUUUGCUGUUCCACAAAUUAGCCCAUCUUCCAUUUCCUUCAAAAGAUCAAGAACUCUUUGGUAGUUGGAUCCAAUCAUCUUUUUUUUUUUUUUUUUUUAAUUCCCUAGUUUUUUUUUUUUGGGUGGGUAAUUUUGCCUUUUCUUGAUUUAGUUUUGAGAAGAAAAAAAAAAAAGAGAAACAAAAAAAAGAACACCCCAUCUCCUCUUUUGUUGCUGAAUACAACUUGGUUUUGUUGUAUUCUUGAAAUUAUUGUGUUAGUGUAAGGGCCUCUUUUGCUCUGUAAA